AUGGGAAGAGAAACUGGGGCUGAUGAUGCGGAUACAGUUGGACUUAUAUUGGAAGGGGCGAAACAAUCGGUUGAUUCCACGACACCAGCACCUCCAGGAGACUUUCAAGAGAUAUAUACAGGAGAAGAUUACGCAGAAAAAAAAUCCACUUGCUGCUGUUUAUGCUUUAAUAAGCGUCGAUGGAAGUGUAUUGCAAUCGGUAAGCAUACUCUCGGCGUUUUAUUGAUUUUGUGUGUUACCGUUAUUUGGGUAGGGUCAUCCGUAUGGAUUCAACACAUAUUUGGAGAACUGGAGUACGAGAAACCGUAUUUUUUAACUUAUUUUAAUACCACAGGGUUUGCUCUCUGGAAUUUGGGUUAUCUCGUGAUUCCAUCAUGGCGACGCAUUCCGUGGAAGACAACGGGGAAACCGGUGCCUAUUAUUUUUGUUGAUUCUCAUGUUAGGGAUGUUUUCGCUGGAUCUAACUCCAAUACUGCUGCUGUUACAGACGACAAGGGAAAAGAAGGGUAUGAGAUGAUAGAUAGUGUAGAAGUUUUUCCACCUACACUCGAUGACGGAAUGGGAAAUACCAGUACGAAUACUAAUAAGGAUGCUAAUAAUAAUAGAGCAGCAUCAGCAGGAAGAGGAAGAGGAAAUAGUGCUAUUGCUACCAAAAAUAGACUUCCAGAUAAUAAUGAUAAUGAUAAUGAUGAAGAGUUGUUACCUUGUGAUUAUGAUGGGGAAAUGGAAAGGAUUAGACCCUACAGCAAAUUCCAACUUUUUCGUUGUGCAUGUCUAUUUUGUCCGUUUUGGUUUGUGGCCAAUUAUCUUUUUAAUCUUUCACUCUCGAGGACAUCUGUUGCUUCUAACACUGUUCUUAGUUCUACAUCCUGUAUAUGGACACUUCUGCUCUCCGUCAUAUUAUUGGGUCAUCGAGUUUCUAUUUUCAAAGUGGGAGCUGUAGUGUUAUGUAUUGGUGGAUCUGUGAUGAUUGCUUUCUCUGAUGGUAAAAGUGGUUUAGCAGGUGAGGGUGUUAGUGGUGAUAUUCUUGCAGUUGUUUCUGCCAUGUUCUACGCUAUUUAUACUACUGUUCUUAAGUGGCUUCUUCCUGAUGAUGAUCGGUAUAGUAUGGCUAUGGCUUUUGGAAUGGUUGGUGUUGUGAAUCUUGUUGCCAUGUGGCCAGGUUUACCCAUUCUAGAUGCUGUUAAGUUUGAAAUAUUUGCAUUACCAACUCUCCAACAGUUCUGGCCUUUAGUAGUGAAUGCCCUUAUUGGGACGAACCUUAGUGAUGUAUUAUGGGCACGCAGCGUUGUGCUUACAUCACCUCUUGUGGCAACUCUUGGUCUAACGCUAUCAACACCAUUAUCAAUGAUUGUGGAUGCAGUGUGGCAGCACAGGACCUUCACUCCUCUUUACAUUGUUGGGGCAGUCUUGGUGACGGUGGGAUUCAUCGUGGUGAAUCUUGAGGAUACUAUGAUAGUAGCUUGUCUACAUCGUUUUUUCAGAAGAGUGGCAAAACACCCCCUUAACUCGUAA